AUGGCAUAUUUGCAAGCGACAGAACUUGGCUUAAAAGACACAACGGCUGUCGCAAAUGUGCCUGAGAAUGAUACAGCCAAGUGCAUGUAUUAUUUAAAUUGUGUUUGUUAUUGUAUUGAAUACAAUGAUAAUGAUAUUCAACGUUAUUGUGAUUAUAAAAAUUACCAUCGAUUAACUGCUGAUGAACAACGUCUCGUAUUUGUUCUAUGUGCAACACUGAGUCCUGACAACUUUGAUCAAAAAGUCUUUUUUCAAUCGGAUGAAUUAUCUGGUUCAAUGAGUGGGAGGUUUUAUGAAGUUACACAAGUCCGAAAUCGCGUUUUGGCUGUAGAAUCUAUUAUCAUUGCUGGACGAACACGUCAAGUAAAAAGAAUAAUGACAUAUAAAGAAAUCUGGAUGAAAAACUAUUAUAUUGAUCCAAUGUUACGACUAGCACAGCGUUUUGGUUCACAACGACGAACAUCUACUCGAUCAUGCAUCAUUUCAUGA